AUGGAUAAUUUCUCGUCGUCCGAGUUCUCGCAGGAACCGUCGCAAUACUCUUCCAUGCCUAUAUUCUCUCGAACAGGUUCUUCCGUCAUAGAAAAUGAUGCGCCAACCGACAGUUUCGCCACGGGCGAUAGCAGCUAUGUUCCACGCCCCAAGCGCAUCGCCUGCGUGGUCUGCCGUCGCAGGAAAUUGAGAUGCGAUGGGAAGCGGCCAAGCUGUGGAACAUGCUCACGCUUGGGUCAUGAAUGCGCUUACGAUGAAGUGCGCAAGAAGAGUGGACCUAAGCGGGGGUAUGUGAAGCAGCUGGAGGCUCGACUAGCCCAGGUUGAAACUCUUCUUAAAGGCCAGGAUUCGGAUACCACGCAGCGCACUUCUCCCCCUCAACCACAAGAGCCGGCAUUCACGGGGGCUUUUCAGGAUGAAGCCGGUCUCGCUCUACCGGAUCUCACAAGCCUUGGAAAUGACAUGAGCAAUACAAUACCUCCACAAACAAAUGGAUUGGACACGUCUCAGCCGAGUCAACUAUUCUUUCCGGAAACCAAUAAUAUCCCGAGCGGCCCUCAAUGGGACCUGAUCAGUUUGGGACUGGAGGAACCUCUUCCGGCCCAAGAUGCGAUUGAUGAGCUGGAGAGCAUUUUCUUCGAGAAAAUAUAUCCGAUGAUGCCUAUCAUUCACCGUCCUCGGUAUUUCGCAAGCCUCAAUCUCGGCCCUAAUCUACGACCGCCCAUUUGCCUGCGCUACAUGAUGUGGUGCCAUGCGGCUUCAGUCACAGACAAGUACUUCUUUCUGCAUACCCAUUUCUACCAGAGGGCUCGCAAGUAUGCCGAGAUGGACGAAAUGAAAGGAUUCGGAGAGUCCAUCAUUACUCUCGGGCAUUGCCAAACAUGGAUCCUUAUUGGCAGUUACGAAUUUCGAAUGAUCUACUUCCCGCGCGCAUGGCUGAGUGUUGGAAAAGCCACGAGACUGGCGCUUAUGAUGGGUCUCAAUCGCCUGGACGGCUCAGGGAUUGAUGUGAAACAGUCCAUGCUUCCACCAAAGGAUUGGACGGAACGUGAAGAACGAAGGAGAGUGUUCUGGAUGGCCUUUUGUACUGACCGAUACGCAAGUAUUGGAACUGGAUGGCCCCUGGUCAUCGAUGAACACGAUAUCAUGACAAACCUUCCGGCUUCUGAAGAGUCAUUUUUGAAGAGCAAACCACAACGCACACUUCGCCUGGCUGAUAUUAUCGGCGGCGAAGGUGUGUCUACAUUGGCUCCAUUCGCCUGUGUGGUGGUUUUGGCAAAUCUAUUUGGUAGGAAUUUAACGCACAUCCAUCGGCCUCAGCCAUCAGAUAACGAUCACGAUCUCAAUGGGGGCUUUUGGAAGAGACAUCGGAGCCACGAUAAUAUCUUACUUCAUAUUGCACUUUCUUUACCCGAACACCUUCGACUUCCGUCUGCUACGGAUGACGUGAAUGUCAUCUUCGCCAACAUGAGUAUUCAUACCUCGACAAUUUGCCUUCACCAGGCUGCAAUCUUCAAGGCCGAAAAGAACAGAAUGCCUAAUCAAAUCAUCACCGAGAGCAAGCGCCGAUGUCUAGUGGCAGCGAACCAAAUUUCUAGCAUCAUGAAGAUGGUCAGCCACGUUGAUUUGACUAUUUUGAAUCCCUUCAUGUCCUUCUGCCUAUAUAUUGCAGCAAGGGUUUUCGUUCAGUACAUUAAAUCGCGACCUGACGACUCAGCGGUGUAUUCUUCACUGCAAUUCGUUGUUGGAGCGCUUAAUGCCAUGAAAUCCAAGAACCCUCUGACGGAAUCCUUUCUCAUUCAGCUGGAUGUGGAUCUUGAAGGCACUGGAAUCCAGUCUCAGGUCUCAAAAUCUAGUUCAGCUUAUGCUCAGCAAGCGAGGCAAACGGUUUGCGGUGAUUCGGUUGAGUGUGGGCAAAUCUACAAGAUACGUGAAUCGCAACAAGGUGACAUACCCCCAGGGCCCUCGCAAAAUCCUACAAGUACCGGCAAUUCCAAUCGGCCCCCUGCUGGAAUAGCUACAUCUCUUCCCAGUCGGCACAGAGAAUCAGCAAACAUCGAUGCGAGCCAUCCUGCGGCUCUCGAUCAAACUCACUACUACUCCAACCCAAUGCGACAUUCCGGCAUCAGUGGCGAGACAGGCAUCCCAGGAAAUAUCAUAGAUGUCGACAUGGACUUCUCACCAGACUUCCUUGGGGAGAGGAAUCCACCCUCCGAUCACCCCACGCCCUCCACAUUGAACUCAUCUUCAAACACAUCCUACUCAAUUUCAGGGACCGACAAUCCGUCCCCCGGGAAGAAGCAACAAAACCUGGGAACGGCUCACUCCGGUCAAAGCUCUGGUGCUAUUCACAUAUCUCCGACAAGCACAGAAUCCCCGCAGAUUCCAGAUAUAAACAUGAGGCCUGGCCAGGCCAAUGCGUUCGACAUCCCUCCUGCGUGGGACUUGCCCACGCCAAAUCCUGAUCUGAGCAAUGUGGACUUCAAUGUGAACAUGAACUCCUUAAGUGAGGCUCAGUGGGCUCAGAUUUUGAACAAUAAUGCCGGUGCAACUGGAUGGGAUAGCUGGCGCCCUUCAUGAGUAGAUCAGAAUAUACCAGUC